UCCGUCUUAAGCGCCCACUCCCUCCCCAGGACUAGAAUUAAAGGAAUUAAAGAGUUCACCGCUUGGUUUCCAGCGAAGCGCACGCAGCAGCAGCAGCAAAGAGCGCACCCACGUUACUCUGCCUGAAAAUCAGAGUGAGAGAUCAGGAGAACAAGUGCACAGCGAGGCGUGGGAGAGACACGAGGAAAGAAAAGAGGCACAGGCACUAAACUACGGAGGUUUGUUCAUGUUUGGGAUCCAGGAGAGCAUCCAGAGAAGCGGCAGCAGCCUGAAGGAGGAGCCGCUGGGAGGAAUGAACGCUGUCCGGGGCUGGAUGCAGGGGGGCGGCGUGCUGGACGCCAACACGGCCGCCCAAAGUGGAGUGGGUCUGGCCCGGGCUCACUUUGAGAAGCAGCCGCCCUCCAACCUGCGGAAGUCCAACUUCUUCCACUUCGUCCUGGCUCUGUACGACCGGCAGGGUCAGCCGGUGGAGAUCGAGAGGACCAACUUCGUGGACUUCAUCGAGAAGGAAAAGGAGACGAGCGGAGAGAAGACCAAUAACGGGAUUCAUUAUCGGCUGCAGCUUCUUUACAGUAACGGCAUCAGAACAGAGCAGGACUUUUAUGUUCGACUCAUAGACUCCAUGACUAAACAGGCGAUUGUUUAUGAAGGCCAAGACAAGAACCCAGAGAUGUGCAGAGUGCUGCUGACACAUGAGAUCAUGUGCAGUCGGUGCUGUGACAAGAAGAGCUGUGGAAACCGUAAUGAGACACCCUCAGACCCUGUUAUCAUCGACAGAUUCUUCCUCAAGUUUUUCCUCAAGUGCAACCAGAACUGUUUAAAGAACGCAGGAAACCCGCGAGACAUGAGGAGGUUCCAGGUGGUGGUAUCAACUACGGUGAGCGUGGAGGGACAUGUCCUGUCGGUGUCCGACAACAUGUUCGUCCACAACAACUCCAAACAUGGCCGACGGGCCCGCAGGCUCGACCCCGUGGAGGGAACGCCGUCUUACCUAGAACACGGAGCAGCUCCCUGCAUUAAAGCCAUCAGCCCAAGCGAGGGGUGGACUACGGGGGGCGCUACAGUCAUCAUCAUAGGAGACAACUUCUUCGACGGUCUCCAAGUCAUUUUCGGUACCAUGCUGGUUUGGAGCGAAUUGAUCACGCCGCAUGCCAUCCGGGUGCAGACGCCUCCCAGACACAUUCCUGGGGUCGUCGAGGUCACCCUGUCCUACAAGUCCAAACAGUUCUGCAAAGGCACACCGGGAAGGUUCAUAUACACAGCACUGAAUGAACCAACCAUCGACUACGGUUUCCAGAGGCUUCAGAAGGUCAUCCCUCGGCACCCCGGGGACCCCGAGAGGCUGCCAAAGGAGGUUAUUCUGAAGAGAGCAGCCGACCUGGUGGAAGCCCUCUAUGGUUUGCCCCAUAAUAACCAGGAGAUCAUCCUGAAGCGUGCGGCGGACAUCGCAGAAGCUCUCUACAGCGUUCCUCGAGGACACACCCAGCUCUCCGGCUCCACCCACACCGGCAUGAUGGGGGUCAACUCUUUCACCGGGCAGCUGUCCGUCAACGUCUCUGAACCUUCACAGGCCAAUCAGGGUUUUGUGCGCAGCAGCAGCAGUGUGUCUCCUCACGGUUACGUGCCUAGCUCCACGCCUCAGCAGACCAGUUACACCUCAGUCACCAGCACCAUGAACGGCUACGCUAACAACGCUGGCAUGACCAACCUGGGAGGCUCGCCCACUUUCCUCAACGGCUCUGCCGCCAACUCGCCUUAUGCUAUUGUCCCAUCCAGUCCCACUAUGGCCUCCUCCACCUCCCUCCCCUCCAACUGCUCCUCCUCUUCUGGCGUCUUCUCCUUCUCUCCGGCCAAUAUGGUGUCGGCGGCCGUUAAGCAGAAAUCCGCCUUCGCCCCGGUGGUCAGGCCCUCCUCCUCCCCUCCGCCCUCCUGUACCAGCGCCAACGGCAACGGGCUCCAAGAUCAGACAUUUGUGGACUCUAGCAAGUACUCAACAGCCAGCUCUCUACAAGGCCUGGCCUUCACCUGAACAAUCCCUGGAAUGAUCGUCCCACCCAUGUAAAGGUGUGAGUACGUGACUGUGUGUGUGUGUGUGUGUGUGUGCGUGCGACUGGGUGCGAGAUGAACCAAGCACACUCACACCGAUCCUGGGCGGAGGAUUUCGGUGUGAGUCAGACUCCGGUCGGGGAUGGAAGCAGCUGUCCCUAUCUGAAGGAACAAAACCCAACUCAGGCCCUUUCUAACACAAAAAAACAACUGCAAGAGAACAACUAUUUGCAAGGAAAUAC